AUGUCGGCCAAUCGAGUUAAGGUGCGCCUUGUCCCCGGCUGCUCCGACGGCGAUCCUCUCCAUGUGCCUCCCCCAGGAGCUCAUACCCAGCUUGACCCACCGACUCUGUAUCUGGAGAAGAUCGGGCAACAAUGGAUGGAGAGUCGAGGUGAGGCUAAGCCGGGUGUGCAUUACAUCCUAGAAGACCUUCCCUUUGGUUAUACUCUCUGGCAUCGCCCGCGACCUUCGAAACCAAGCCAUUUCGACAAGUACCUAUACGGUCAUCCUGGCAAGAAGGCAUUCGACUCCCCGAACCGAUUCUUCCCGCAUUUUCUGCAUCUGAUGAACAACAACGGCAACAGCAUUGGCUGUCCAUGUACACUCUGCAGCGGAAGUGCUGGCGUGCUUCCAAAGACUUCAGCCAACAGCUCGCAGACACGCACGCCGAGCGUAACGUCACGGAAGUCAUCCAAUUCAUCUAUUCCUAUGCAAAGCCGGCCUUCCAGUGCCCACAGCGUCCAAUCGCUACCAGUCGCACCGCCGCCUAGUCUGGCACCACAGCACAAAGGUCGGCCAAAGAAGAUAACUCCGGGUCUCGACACGACGAACGUGGACAGCGAGGGCACUCCCGACGUCUACAGGAAUCUCAUCGAUAAGCUUCGCCGGCAUCGCGAUGUGGACGAACCCAUCCUCGAGCCACUGAGCCCAGACUGGCGCGCGGAACAAGACCAUCUUCCAAAGUUCCUCAACGAUAUGAAGACACAAGACCAAUGGGUUCCGCGAACUGGAGACAUUGUCCUGUACAUACGCAACAUGCCUGACACCGUUGAAUUGGUACGAGACAACACCACCGGCGAGCUUCAGCUGUAUGACGAGCGACGCAAGCAGCAUCUCGGUAAGCCUCAAUGGGCGGCAGGUCUAGUCACUGAGCCAGCUACUGGUAAAACGGUCGCCGAGCUUGUCGCCUCUGCCGAGGAGCGCAAUGUUUCCAGCACAGGCGUACGCGUCGAACCAGUCCCGAAUCCAAAUGAGUCGGACAAGUCGCUCUCUAAGAGACACAAGUACGUGUUGUUGCGACAGACAAGCCCGUUUAUGAUGUGGAGGGACCUCUUGCGCCGGAUACCCCAGGAAGAAUGGCAUGAUACCGUUAAGAACGCCCUCGCCCUGAUGUCGACGCUCUCUCUUAUGGGCAAGUAUCGGUUCCGCGGAUCUUGGCCUAAUGCGAGCAUAUACUGCCAUGGCAUCUACGUCGGCGCCGAGAUGCUCGCGGUAGGUGACACAGUCCGCCUCCUUCCCAACAAGCAGUCUGGUCAAUCUGGGUGUACGGACAUCAUGAGCAUCAAAUCGAUUCGCUUGAAGUGGACCAACUUGGACAAGGCAUCGGACAACGACUAUGAUGAAGGACGGCCGUAUAAUUCCGAGAUAUGGAUCUAUGGCUCAGCGUACACCAGCGACGGUUCACGAUCUAACAAGCAAUGGGUGACGGAGCAUAACGUCGAAGCUCCGAGAGUGGCCAACGACUAUGCGGACUGGUAUCCAUUGCACCCUGCUGACAAGGAGCUGGCUAUCCCCUACUCACGCGUCCUUGGCCGUCUGUAUGAGCAGGACGCCCUGGCUUACUUUCUCAAAUCCGAUCACGACCCUCCCGGACUUGACCUUGGUAGACAAGCUGUCACUGAGGCACGCGCCUUUGCUCGGAAACACGACAAUCGCAUAGCAGCAGAGUCUGAUGCCACCUGGUAUUGGGGAGACGACCGGGCUGACGCCCUAAACCUCCGCACCAUCAACGGUCUCGACGUGUCGCGCUACGACCUCGACCGCGAUGUUAAAGAUCUUCGCCGCAAGUACCGCCAACUAGAUGGUAUCGCCAAAGGAGACGCGAAGCCUACAGGUCAAGAUAUACUCGAAGGCAGGGGAUUGCGUACCUUCAUGGCGCCAGCUUUGCCACUCCGCACGAGCGGCGCGAAGGCACCAAGCGAAAGUGGAAGCUCGUCCAUCUCCAUCGCAAGUGCCAGUCAAGCCUCCCGAAAGCGCACGCACAUCGUCGACCUGGACGACGAGGAUGAUACCGAGGAGGACGACCUCGACGAAGAGAUUAGAGAGCACACUAAAGUCGUGCAAGAUGACCGCCAAGGCCCGAUGAAGAAGAAGGCGAAGGUGAUGGUUGUUAUCGACUGA